AGAACCAGUGCGCGGAGUGCCCCCACUUUCCGCACGUCGCUGGCUCACAAGUGGCUGCCAGUCUGCCACUUUGUGACGCAGAACAGCGCGUCGAUGUUUUUAUGUUUGCUGUCAAAAUGAUUGUUGUGCCAUCGUCAUUCUAUUUCCGCGUCUUAAUAAGAAUACACGUUUUAAAGUAAUUAACUUUCGCGUUUUAAUCGUAUCGUGCGCCGAUUCCGUGACACUGCCGAGGGUGCUCACGUGACAUCACGUCCCGCGCACCGGAUACGACAGUGGCGACGAGAAUCUGUCGAAUUCGUCGGAGUUGUCGCGGUUUACGAAGGUGGGCGCCACCUAACCUGCAAUUCCGGCACCCACGUGCAAUCAAAGGAGGAGCCCCCCAGCGGCAUGAGCGAUUCACUUGCCCGGCUCCCCUACCUGGGGCAACUUUACCCACGUCAGGAGAAGUUCCAGCAAACAUCCCUCCGCCAAGGCCCACUCUCUCAUCAUCAGCUGCUGCCGAAUCCUGACCUGAUGAUCCAGAUGCUGACGAUGUUCGAGCAGUUGGUCGGCACAGUGCAGCAGACUGCCCAGCAGCAAAUGAAGUUCAUGGAGCGUAUCUCAACGGACGCAGCCCAGCCGCCUCCAAACCCGGCGCAGAACGUCGACACGUUCCCCGGGAACACGAAGGCUUUCCAGACGGACUCGGUCCGCAGCCACGCGGUGGUGAUCAACGAGCACUCGGUGCAGCAAUGGCGGAGAUGCGCGUCGGUCGAUUUCGGUGGGACGCCGAUCCGACUUCCACUAGACGCCGCAUCCGGCGGCCCAAUGUUAUCAUCACCCUCUGUUCGCGUAAACACGGCUUCUGGAACGGAAUUGUCACUCGACGACGAGUUCCGAUGUGACACCUCCAUCGCCGGAAGCACCCGCAACGAGCCGACCAUCGUUACCGAGCUCCACGUAUCCAGCUUCCCCGAACCGUCGCCGGUGCUCGAGUCAGUCCUCCACAAGGUGUUCAACGAGGAACUCGGCAAAAAGGUGAACUUGGAGCUGAAAGAAAACCACCGACCGACCUUCUGCCCGAAACGUCCGGUGGCGUACGCGGUGGUUGAAAACGUCGACCGCGAUCCGGACAAGCAACAGCAGUUCAACAUCAUCACUCCGAUCGACAACUCGGAGUCGGCCACCCCGAUCGUCGGGGUGCGGAAGGUCAUCGGAUCCAUCAGCAUCUGCGCCCACAAUGCUGCUCUUCAGCCGCACCAGUAUCCGCUGCUGGUCGAAAAUGUACCCGGUGCAUACCAGCAGAGCAUCGCCACCAUGUUGGCCCGACAGCCCGGAGCGUCCUCUCAUCUCGAAGACACCGUCGUCAGCGGCUCAACCCAGGAGGAACACGACCGCAACCUGGAAGUCGUUCUGCAGCACAGGACGCGUCCCGGCCACACGCCGCUGCUACACAUCGUCGGUUCCAAGGCAGACAGGAAACGCAUCGCACUGUACCUGCUCCUCUACGACUUCGCCUCCCAGUACGUCUCCACCGACAAGUUUGGCCACAUCGACGUGCCACAACCUAUCAACCAGCACGUACGACCAGAGGAGGACUUCGUUAUCGCCAGAAUUCGCCUAGAGGACAUCAGCACCCAGCCCGACCUACUACUCCGCAAGAUUUGCCGGUACGUAUUCGAGGGUUGGCCAACGAAAGCCGCUGAUCCGAAGAUCCAGCGUUACCAGACCCGUGCCGACUUCAACGACGGAGAAGCAUGCCAGCCGUGCGCCUCCGUAGCACGGUCCCCACCGCACUCACUUCCUGUGCCAUGGCCGAAACCUGCUGGCCCGUGGCAGCGCAGCUGCAUGGAUUUUGCGGAACCACUCAACGACGACUACGUAGUCUGCACGCAUCGCAUCUCUGUCCUCGCAACCAUCGCCAUCCUCCACCAGAUGUUUCCUCAACUCGCGACUGUCCCGUACCAGCCGCACGGACGAGCGAAACGGGUCGUGGGCAUUCUCAAGCGUGCCGUCAAGACAAUUUCGGAGGGGAGAGGCACUAUAGGAAGAACAUUGGACAUUUUUCUGUCGGCGUACCGCUGCGCACCUGAAGUGCUUGACCCCGAACCGCACCAGAAGGAAUUCCAUCGUCGAGGCAUCGCCAUGCGAGAUGGCAACCAACGCGUCACCCGCUCGCACAUCAACCAACCGCGAAGUCGCUUCAAGGCCGGACCUGCUGCUUCACCAUCGGCCAAAACGAAAGCGCUCCCGUUGGAUGUCCUGCUCGGUGAGUGGAAGUUUGCGUCGUUUCCCGAGCUGCCACCAUUGAGCCUGAUGCAGUUGACGCCGCGUCCGCCCUCUUCUCUACCUGCGAUUCCAGCUGAACCAAACACGCGCGCAACCUGCACCCGAUCUGGAUCGCUGCUUCUACAAGAACCCGGUGCAACACCAUCUCCAAUCCCUGCGUUGUCGUCUUCAACGAGUUCGUCGCAGCUGGCACUCUUCUCCGGUGCACCGACAGCGCUUGCAAGAGCCGACCAGCUGUUUUAAGAGGGGAGAUGUUGUGGACAGAACCAGUGCGCGGAGUGCCCCCACUUUCCGCACGUCGCUGGCUCACAAGUGGCUGCCAGUCUGCCACUUUGUGACGCAGAACAGCGCGUCGAUGUUUUUAUGUUUGCUGUCAAAAUGAUUGUUGUGCCAUCGUCAUUCUAUUUCCGCGUCUUAAUAAGAAUACACGUUUUAAAGUAAUUAACUUUCGCGUUUUAAUCGUAUCGUGCGCCGAUUCCGUGACACUGCCGAGGGUGCUCACGUGACAUCACGUCCCGCGCACCGGAUACGACAUUUAU